ACGAAAACUUAAUAAAACGAUGUUUAGUAUUGAUGAUAACAGACGUUACUAAUUUAAAACUUUUAAAAGUGAUUUCAUCUCCCCGAUUGUCAGUCUUCACAAAGCGGCGAGAUUGCUGAUUUUUAAUAAGAAAAAUCUCUUUAAAUUUCGAGUAUGGAGGAUUUGAGUUUCAUACCUGAUCUUCCCAGCGGACCUCUGGAUGUAUACAGAAAAAAGGCAUCAUUCGAUUGGAAACGCCUUAAAUUAGCUAUGGAAGGAGACAUCGAUCUAUUAAGACUGAAGUACAAAAUAUGGCACACACUGGAGAAGGAUCCGUUAUUCGCACACAAGUCUGUCACGCCGAGUGUCGAGGAACAGAAAAGGAUAGCACAAUUGCAGUUAAACAAAAUAAAUGAAUACAAUUUUAUACCCAAAGUUUCACUCAAAGGUGGAUACAGCAAAAGGACGCGGGCAGUUAUGACGCUAAACGAAGCCAUCCAGUCGCUAAACCCUAGCGUAUCAGUCAAGAUGGCCAUAGGAAUGUACCUGUUCUCAAAUGCCAUUCUUUCAUUAGGAACGGAGAGACAUCUCAAGUUUUACGAAGCGGUCUUCUUUAACAGAGAAAUCCUUGCAAGCUACGCCCUGACCGAGAUAGCGCACGGGUCCGACGCGCGGCUGAUGCGCACCACCGCCACAUACGACCCCAACCAGAAGCAGUUCAUCAUCAACACUCCCGACUUCGAGGCGGCUAAAUGCUGGGUCGGUAAUCUAGGCAGGACGUGCACGCACACGCUUCUGUUCGCGCAGCUGAUCACGCCGGACGGCGCCGGCCACGGCCUGCACGCCUUCCUGGUGCCGAUCAGGGACCCGGCCACGCUGGAGACCUACCCCGGGCUAGUGGUCGGGGAGAUGGGCGAGAAAAUCGGCGUCAAUGGAAUCGAUAACGGUUUCAUAAUGUUCAACCAGUACAGGAUACCCAGGGAAAACCUGCUCAACCGGACCGCUGACGUCACCGAGGAUGGCGUCUACGAGAGCUCCUUCUCCGACCCCUCGAGGAUACUCGGAGCGGCUCUCGAAAAUCUAUCUGCAGGUCGGAUCGGUAUAAUGCAGGAGAGCUGCCACUCGAUGUCGAGUGCUGUCGCCAUCGCCGUGCGCUACGCCGCCACCAGGACGCAGUUUGGCGAGCGAUGCCGCGAGAUACCACUCAUAGAGUACCAGCUCCAUCAAUGGCGUCUGUUCGGGUACGUGGCGGCCGCGGUCGUGUUCCGAGUCUACAUUGAGAGCUUCACGCGCGUGUACCUCGAAAUUGUGGAGAAAUCGAAUGCCGGCAUCAAGGUGGACAACUUGAGCGAGGCGGUGUCGGAGAUCCACGCCAUGGUGUCGUGCUGCAAGCCGCUGCUCACGUGGAGCGUGCUGGCCGCCGCGCAGGAGUGCCGCGAGGCCUGCGGGGGACACGGCUUCCUCAAGGCCUCGAACCUCGGCGACAUCCGCAGCAACCACGAGCCCACGGUCACGUACGAGGGCGACAACAACGUGCUGUCGCAGCAGGCCGGCAACUGGCUGCUGCGACAGUACCACAGCGCCACCACCGCCGGCUCCGUCGACUCCCCCCUCGGGACCGUGCUCUUCCUCACCGACCUCACCGAGAUACUCAAACAGAAGUUCAUUCCCGGCACUGCGGUCAAAUCGGAACACUUUCUGAUGUCAACAUACAAAUGGUUGAUCUGCUACGUGUUGAAGCAAACCCACCAGAAGUACGAGUCGGAGCUGGACAGGGGGCUUAGCAAGUUCGAGGCCCGCGCCAAGUGUCAGGUCUACAAGUGGAAGACGCUGAGCAAGCUGUACGCUGAGUACCUGGCGCUGUUGUUCUUCCUCGAGGAGCUCCAGAAGAAGGAUGAAGAGCUCCAGCCGGUUUUGAGGAAGCUGUUCAUGUUGUACGGACUUUGGUCGCUGGACGGUCACCUGGUGGAGUUGUACCAGGGCGGGUUUGCGGCGGGGGAGGACUGUGCGCGCGCCGUCCGCGACGCCGUGCUGCAGCUGUGCGCGGAGCUGGAGGGGGAGGUGGUGGGGGUGGUGGACGCGCUCGCCCCCACCGACUUCGUGCUCAACUCCGUCCUCGGGAACAGCGACGGGAAUCUUUACCAGAACCUACAGAAAACUCUGUUCAGUAAUCCUGGUGCCUUCGAACGAGCAAGAUGGUGGCAGGAAGUGGUCAAUGUACCAAAAUCCAAACUAUAACGACAACCAAUACCAAUAUUAAUAGUUUGAAAUAUGAUCGAAAUUAAAUUAUCGACUCUUAAGAUCUUAUAUAGUUAAUGUCGUGACGAGAUCAUCGUACGAGAUUUUUAUAUUAUUAUCUCUUUUAAACACUAGCAAAUGUGUAAAAUAAUAUGUUUUUUAAUUAUAUUUUCGUGUACAAAAAUAUUAACUGUAAUUAUGAUAGUAUUUAUGUUCCGAUAGAUCCUCAAUGCUAAUUAAAAGCACAAAGCAAGUAUGCUUCAAUAAUAAUAAGCUUUUAUAUCGAAUAAAGGAUGGAUAUUUGUGAGAGGUCAAUGAACCGUUACGAACAUUUUAUAAUACAAAGCAUUUAAGAAAUAUGCAUUUAUUUACACAUGUGAUGUAAGGUUGUUGACGUCAGAUAUAUCUAAGUACGUGUAUGCCAGGAAAACGUUCCCGAAGAAGAUAGAAGUGAUUAUAUUUACAAUUUAAAUUACAAAGCAAACUUAUUGUUCCAAAGAAUUCAGAGAGCAAUGUAGGAUGAACAAUAAUUCUUGGGUCAAUAACCGUGGGUAUUGUUAAGCUGUUUAAAAAUUGUUCGCUCCGUAAUUUAUAUAAGUGCGAUGCUGUCUGGCAAAAACGUAAAUACAGUCCGUAAAUGCAACAACUGUGAGGAAGAUAGCUAUGGUCCUUGUUUCCGUUCUCGGCGAGAAUUCGCUACGUAGUGUUCUCGUCAGACGAUUCACAUCAAAAAUCGUCCUUUUAGUGUCAAACUGGGGGGUUUGAUAACGGUUGUGUCAUAUAUACAGGAAAUAAAAUGAUUGUAAUUAUGUAUUAUUCUAUUAUCUUCCUCGUUACUAGAAGAUUUGUUUGCUAUAGUUAAAUGGCCAGAUCAAAAAUCGAUAAGAUUUUCGAUCAUCGAUACUAAUAAGAAAUAUUUGGAGGCUUCCAAUUUUUACGUUAUUUUUUUGUCAAUGUAGCCAAUAGUUAAGAUGAAUCUAGCGAAAUCUAAUUGCUAGUCAUUACGGUGACGGAGCAUUCUCGAAACUGUCCAUUGGCAUCAGUACAUUUCGUAAUUAAAGGUCCGUUUUAUUUGGUAUUAGCAUCAACAAUUCGAUGUUGUUAAUUGAAUUUCAAUUAUGUUUACUCCAGUCUAAUAGCUGAAGAGGUUUCUUUGUUAUGAUAUUUUUCCAAAAUUUUAAACUUUAAAUGGCUCUCCCGUAAAGUUGCAAAAAUGUCGCUAAAACC